AUGGAGCACUUUCCUGGCGGUGGAAUUACAUUAACCAGCGUUCAGCAUACAACAAACAGUUACGGUAUUCAAAUACGCACACGACUGAUUCGUGACGGAAAAGAGGUGAAAGUCAUCAGCGAAGACUUUGCUCAUACUUCCGCUUUCCAACCUUUCCGCGAUAUCGACCAUGUGCAAAUUCUCCCGGGUGACCGAAUUCUUCUGGAAUGCACAUACAAUACAUCCCGAGUGCUUUCGGACACAGCCGGUGGAUACGGCAGCAACAAUGAAGCAUACUCAGCAAUAUUCUCAUAUUAUCCUCGAAUUGCCGGCUUCCAGUUUUGUGGUUCAACACCGGAAUUGCGACACAUCCAAGCACUAAGAAAUGUUGCCAGAGCGGGCACGAAUACCGGUUCCGUGCCGACGCUAAGCCGUAGCGAAAGUGCGCUACUGCAGCAGUAUCCAACUCCGUCUAAUACAGCAGACAACGCCCCGUAUGGGUCACUAGCAAUGGGAACAUAUGGCCCGAACACCGUUCCUGUUCUCGACCGGAAUGUCGCCGCCCCCGUAAGCAGCAAUCCCGAUCAAUGUGCGCAAUCGCGAGCUCAGAACCUGUAUCUGUAUCAUCGUCACGAGCCAGUCUGCGAGCUGGAGACACCAGAACUGUUCCGCGUUGACAGCAUCGACAUGCUACCGGUCCUGUCCGAUCCACAAUGCCCCAACGUUAUGAUUCAGCGUAAUAUCUCUUACGUCUGGCCACUGGAGUGCUACGAUAUAGUGAAGUCCAGAACAAGGAGAUCUGCAGGAACGUGACCGUUACACAGACCGGCGCAUCCGAACGAAACCUUAGCCAAACACCGACUAUUUUGUUGGCCAUAGUCAGUAUCUUGUACAAAUGCGUCAUGCUGAUUGCGUCCUGAGUUUCACAAAACUAUGAUU